UAACAGGGAAGGUUCGCCGGUGCUCAACAAGGGAUCCGCGGUGGCUUUUUGACGUCCGCUUUGAGGAAGUGUGAAGUGUUUAAACGCUGCUUAUCGAUCCAGUCGUUGUCCAGACAAAAGUAGACGGGCUAAGCGAUGUCUGGCGAACACAGGGAGGGACAAGAGGCCAUGAAUGUAUACUGUGUAACCCUGGCCGGCCCAUCACCCUGGGGCUUUAGACUACAGGGUGGGAAGGACUUCAGCAUGCCCCUCACUGUUUCAAGGCUGACUCCCGGGGGCAAGGCAGCUCAGGCCGGUGUUGGGGUGGGAGACUGGGUUGUCUCCAUCGGUGACGCCAAUGCAGAAGACAUGAGCCAUGUGGAGGCACAGAACAAGAUCAGAGCAGCGACAGACUCUCUCACCCUCAGCCUCAGCAAAGCUUUCCACGCAGGUGGCGACCAGAAGGAUUCGCUUGCCCCAGCCUCAGUUCAGCCAAAGUACUCCUUUGCCCCCAGCACGGCCAUUAACAAGAUGGCGAGGCCAUUUGCAGCUGCUGGUGAUAGUGCCAACUCAGGUCCUGUUAUUAAGCCUGUGGCCUACUCACCUAAACUUAACACUCAACGCUCACAGAGCCCUGCCAGUAUGCAGCAGUCACACAAUGGCCUUGAGCCAACUCCCUCGCCUGCCAAGGGCCCGGCAGCAGAUAAACCUGAUGACUCGAAGACCUCCGCAGGAGCAGCCACUUCAGGUCCUUCCUGUCGACCUCCAUGGGUUACCGAUGCUACUUUUGCAGACCGCUAUCGUCCAGACAAGACUACUACAGUCAUGACCCAGCACCAGCAGCCAGCCCAGCCCACCCCUAUGCAGAACCGCAGCUCUAUCUUGCAGGCAGCGCAGCAGGCACCUGAAGACAGUGGAAGGACCCCUUUAUGUGGCGCCUGUAAAAAAAUCAUCAGGGGCCGGUACCUGGUGGCGCUGGGGCGUUCUUGGCACCCAGAGGAGUUCACAUGUUCCCAGUGUAAGGUGGUGCUGGAUGAGGGAGGCUUCUUUGAGGAAAGAGGCUCUGUCUUCUGCACCAAGUGUUAUGACAAUCGCUAUGCCCCCAACUGCGCCAAAUGCAAAAAGAAGAUCACAGGGGAAAUCAUGCAUGCCUUGAAGAUGACCUACCAUGUUCAGUGUUUCAAGUGUGCUGCAUGCAAGACUCCCAUCAGGAACCAAGCCUUUUACAUGGAGGAGGGUGAGCCCUACUGUGAGAAAGACUAUGACAAGAUGUUUGGUACAAAGUGCCACGGCUGUGACUUCAAGAUUGAUGCAGGGGACCGGUUCCUGGAGGCCUUGGGCUACAGCUGGCAUGACACAUGCUUCGUCUGUGCUCUCUGCCAAAUCAACCUGGAGGGGAAGACGUUCUACUCCAAGAAGGAUAAGCCCCUGUGCAAAGGCCAUGCCUUCGCUCCAGUGUGAGAGACAGAUGGAGAAAGCUUUCUCUUCAGAAGGAGGGAACACUUCACUCCGCUCACCUUCCUCUUUACCCUCCCCUAUGGCACACACUUCAUCUUCCUCCCCUUUUCACGCCGCACGUCUAGUUACACUGUCCCUAAUGCAUCCUGUCCUUUAUUUCUCAAUUGCUUUUGUCUAUGUAUUUGAGACGUGACACCAGUUUGACACGCUGUCACUUUGCUGUGCUGUUUGGGCAGCCGCCCUGUUACCGAGUCUCCACUAAAGCACAGUGUUGGAAAUGGAACUGGCCACAGAGUCAUUUCCAAGUCCUGAUUAAUAGCAAUUUUUUUUUUGUGGCUAUUGUAAUUUUAUUGAGCAUACUAGAUGUCACUUGAGUUUAAUCUAGGUUUGCGCGUACUUGUCGCUACAGUAGAAUAUCAUUACGACCCUGUUGACGUAAUUUUUGUUCCAUUUGUUGUGAGCAUCCUCCAAGUUGAAUGCACCAUUUCGUCCAUUAUCGCCGAGCGCAUCACUGUAAUGAUCUGACUCUACCCUGGUACACUUAAACCCCUAUUUGGGACCCUGGCCUGCUUAUUGGCUCUUGCUGCAGUACCUGUUAAAGUAAUUGGGGUCCAGUCAAGUAGAAAAGGGUGUCCUGAAACACUCCACAGAAGCAUGAAGUGCCUCAUCUGCAACAUUGGGUUUUGGAAAAUUGCAGCAUCUGCCUCAUCAGUAAUGUUAUUUUUGGAAGCACUCACCGGGGGAGGGGAGGGGGGGGGCGUUGAAAUAAUCUGUCAUAUAUUUCACAUUCCACUGAAGCAAUUGGUUGGUGAUGUUUCAUAUUUUGAUGUAAAAAAUAUAUAAGGCAUUUCGAUAUGUGAAAAACACUAUGAAAAACAAGCCAACCAAUUUGCAUCGCCUGUGUCACAAUAAUGUUUUGAACAUUAUUCUCCUGAAGUACCUGUAAAUCCUUUUUGAAUGCAAACAAACUAAUUGGAGGAGCAGAGAGAACUUGUGAUAAAACACUUUUUGUAUGUGUAUCAUUUUAAUUUUCAAAAGUAUUUUGAUGUUACAUUCUGUUCUGUCAUUAACGCCUAUAUGAGGAUGAGUUUUUUUAUGACGCUUUUGUAUCACAGUAGGAUGUUUUAAGUGCCUUUCUAAAAAAAAAAUACAAAGCUUUACACUGACGGCUUUGCAACUGUAACAGAGACCCUACUGAACAGUAUGUAUGUGUUAUAGAUGUUGCUGGUAAGUGUGUGAAAUUUAUAUACAUAGGAGCAAUGCUGUUAGAACCAGUUACACAAUAAACCCUUUUGAUUUACAUCAGCGU